AUGCCAAUCACCUAUCCCCGCAAAAUUUGGAUUGUCCGCCAUGCUGAGCGGUAAGCCCUAUUCCCAUUUCUGUCUAGUUAUCGUCUACGUAAAACUUGCUGAAUAAUAAUACGAUUGUGAGUACUUCCAGAGAGGACAAUAUCAACCGAAAUUGGCGGAAAUCGGAAGGAGCCGGAGAUCUCGCAUCCGACAAUUCCAUGCUGAGUGCUCGCGGAAAACAACAGGCCAGAGAGUGCGCGACCCGCUUCAAGAACACUCAAAUCGACCACGUCUUCGCAUCGCCGUUCGAUCGGACCGUCGAGACCGCUUCGACGAUAGUCGCGGACAAGAAUCUGAAAGUGAAAGCGGAGGGCGGACUGUGCGAGGCACUUUACUUGUGCGAGAAACCGCCUGGAUUCUGGGAAACUGAGAAGUUGGCAAGAAAAUUCCCAUUGAUCGAUUCGGACUAUGUGCCAGUGUACUCGCGGGUAACGAAUCUUUCUGCGAAUGAAAACCUAUUACUUUUUUACAGUACACACUUCCAAAAGAAGGAUGCGGAGAUGGUGCCUGCGUGACACGCGUCGGAACGACUUUGAGAAAGAUCUUUGAUAAAUACGAAGGUACAUUCUCCACAUUCUAACAUGUUCCUUAUUCGUUCAUUGCAGGAAAUCUUCUUCUCGUCGGCCACGGAGCCUCAAUCGGUGCUUGCCACGAAGUUUUGACGGGAGAUUUCAAGUACGUCGGACAGGCGACAGUGUCCGAGUUCGAGGAAACGGCGCCAGGAAAGUACCGACACAACUACAGUUCGGACGCUUCGCACCUUUCGGACAAGAAGAACCUGAGACCGUGGUGA